AUGGCGUCUUCGAUCUGGAAGGGGUUGGUAGGGGUCGGUCUGUUCGCCUUGGCACACGCGGCCUUCUCCGCAGCUCAGCGUAAGUCUGUGUCCCGAGCUGUCUCGGCCGCCGGUGGAGAAGCUGCCCUGCCCAGCCUCCCCCUAUCCCCGGCAGGCUCCAGCUCAUUCAGGGUAUGGCCUGCUGCUGGCCUGCAAUAGGCAUCAUCUCCGGCUGGCUGAGGGUCAUAGGAGCUUUAAUACUGCACCACCCCCUCCCAGCUCUAGAAGAACGUUUUAACCCUAAAUGAACCCAGAUCUCGGUGUAAUGAUACGCACAAAUCAAAUGGCUCUCUCUAUCUUUAAUAUGACAACUGGAAUGCAGCUCUCUGAGUGUAUUAAUGCAGCCCAAUCAUAGAAUUCAAGCUAAUGGUAAAAAAAAUAAUUGUAAUAAAGCUAUUUAAAGGAACUCAAAAAAAAAAAAAAAAAUAAAAAUAAAUAUAUAUAUAUAUAUAUAUAUAUUUUUUAUGUAUGAUGAGUUCCCUAGGAGUUAUGGUAUCCACCCCUCCCCCCCCCUUCAUUUUUGUUUUAAAAAUACAUUUUUAUAAAGCAGGUAAACUCACCUGUAACCCAGUGCAGAGACAGAUGUUGAGAUCAUAAACACAUUGAUCUUUAUCCAGUACAAUGCUUCUCUAAGAAUUUGGGACAUACAGAGCCAUGAUAGGCAAUGGCUACAAUCUGCUUAAGUAUUUUUUUUUUUUUAUGAGAAGCAUUAGCUGCGUUCAUUUAAUCACGCUGUGCUUCAUGACGCCAGCAGUCCUUUAUAAAUAGGAGAAUUUCAAGGAAGAAGGUUCUAGUGUGUGUGUAUAUACUUGACAGUGUUUGACGUGUUUUCAGGUAAAUGUAAAUAUUGCUGUUUUUGAGGAGUGAAGGGAAAGCAUCUGUACCUCAAAACCACUACAUAAAGAUAGAGGUUUUGGUACUUAAAGUAUUCUUGAGGAGGGACACACACACACACACACACCUCUUAUUCUGCACUAUUGAAUUAAGAGCUGGAGGUUGCAGAGACAAAUAUAAGUUGUUGAAAAUUAAAAGUAAAUAUGUUUCUAGAAAAAUUCUUCUUAUUACCUAUGUUUUUAAUUUUUCAGUUUUAUCCCAAGUUUGAAAUACACGUUGAAUUAUCAAUAAUUGACUGUUUAGUAUGGCGAGCAUUCGGUAUCUUCAUGCAGAGGGUGAAGACUGUGGUCAACGUUUGCUAAAUCACAACACAAGGUCCUCUCCAGCCACUAGAACUAUGCUUAGGGACAUGUGUGAACACUACCUUUUCUCAGUGAAGGCAUUGUUUACAAAUCAGAACAGUUAAUGUGCAGCAGGACCACUAUAUUAAAAGCUGUAGUAAUUCUGGCGCUUAGUGUCCCAUUAAGCAUAAAAAAUUAUAACUGUCGCUCUUCACAUAUAUUUAAAUAUCUAAAUCAAUUCCUAUACCUAUUUGCUGUGAGCUUACUUUAAAAAAAAAAUUCUUUAUUUAGGUGUGCAUUGUGUAAUAUAGAUGCAUUUAUAUCACUUUAGCAUAUCAACGGUGUUUCAUAACUAGCAUUAAACAUAUACUGUGAUUGUGGUUAUGUAUAUAUUUUUAUUUUAUUCUAUCAUGAGUGUGUCCCUAGUGAGCUUCUAAUGAUCAUGAUGCGUAAGAACACUUGUGUUUUCCGUCUAAGCCUAGGGAGGGUGGUGCAAGAGGUAUAUAUUCUGAGGGGAGUGCAGGUAUUUGCGGACCAUUUGUGUUGGCUCUCGUGUGAUCAGGCCUAGGAACAUGUACAGGUCUGUGGGGUAGACCUAGAUUGAAGGCCAGCGACAUUCUGCAAGUGAAUGCUGUUUGUGUGUGUUGUUCUCCUCAUGAGAGGGGGGUGUCUACCAUUGUGCGUAGCGGACCUCUCGGUGGAGGUAGUGCCCCUAACCAAGGGGGUGUCGGGGGGGGGGCGGUGCGGUCUGUGCGUACGGUACAGUGGCAUGCUAUAAAUGGCAUUGUGAAACCGGACCAGGGCCAUAAAUGGAACUAUUAAGCGAGUGUGAGUGAGAUAUGGUUAGCCAGGGCUCCUUAUUCCUAGGCAUCCCAGGCCCAUUAUUGUGUCACCGUGUGGGUGAAUAAGCGAAAACAUAAACAUGAAACCAAAAUCAUAACGUUAAAACUUUGCAGUCCUGACCCUUGUGGGAGACGAGGAGGGAUCUUGGCGCCUCCAUCUGUAGGUCACUCCUGCGGCCCGCAGUCAGGUGGUGAGAGGGCUCCAGGAUUUCCUCCAUUGCAAUGUGGUUUCGGAUAAGUCCUGGUAAAAGGACAGUUGGGAGUCCUCAAAUAUAAGUGGGGUCUUGUUCCUCACCACUGCCAUGAUGUGCCCUUUGUUUUGAUUUAGUGUACAUCGGGGUAUGAUGUCCCCGGGCACUGUGGAAGUAGUUGUGGUUGGCGUCGGUAGGUGAUAUAGCCCAGCGAUAUUGAUUUUUCUUGCGGUGGUGGGUGGCAGCACCGUGGUUAGCAGCCUCCUCACAUAGUUUGGCAAUUCUUCUCCAGGGACAGUAGCAGGUAUCCCCCUGAUCUUUAUGUGGUUGCGGCGGUACCUGUCCUCUUGCGCCGAUAAUUACAAUGAUACCUGUUGGGCUGUUUGUAAUUGGAGCAUGGAUGCCUGCAUAGUGGAGGCUCUGUGUGAGGCAACCACAACUCCACCGUGUCCCCCACGAGGUCCCCUGCUCAGGACGUGCUCGAGGUCACUGUAAGCCGGCCUGUAGAAGGCCCCCGUACUUGCAUUUAGUUUUUGGUUGCUUCAGGCAGUAUAUGAAGGGCAAGAUAUCUCGCAGAUUGUGUUUUCACUGUCGGAGCAGGGAGAAAUAGCAUUUUUUUUUAAAACCCUUUCUCUAAUACCUUUUUAACUGUCAGGGGAAUCCAUUUUACUCGUCUUGAUAGGUUGAUAUAAUGGGGACAAUUGAUUCAGCAAAUACAUAUUGACCAAAUAAUUAAUUCCAGUGUUUAAUUCCUUAUUUUCCUUGCUGUUAACUUGGGUGUUUGGUCUUUAAACCCUGAAUUGCUAAGUGAAUUGAAAAAAUGCUCAUUUAGAAAAGUGCUCUAGCAUUGCUGUUUUAGCCCACACUGCGUAAUUUGAUUUUCAUUUCACUAAAAUUGGGUUAAGUAAAUAAACAUGUAGGUGUUCACAUAUGCGCUUGGUCAGAGUGCUUCUUCUCAUUUUUUAUUCGCCAGGCUGUGCUACCAUGCAUACCGUAUUUCACAGCAUAAUGGUAGCACCCUGAUUUUUCAGUCCAAAAAUUUGUUCAAAUCCAUUUCAUCGCGUAAUAGUCGCAUAACUGACCAUUGCUGUUUUUGUUGUGAGACAUUCUUAUUCUUGAAAACUGAUGGCGAACAUCCUACUAAUCUUAUACUUUAGACACGAUUUAUUACCUAUCGUUUUUUUGUAUUUUAGUGCAUUUUACCUAUGUAAUGCAUUAGGAAAUGUGCAUGUUCUUAGCUAAAACAGGAGGACAGGGAUCAGGAUCAGAGUUUAUGUAAUGCAUUAAGAAAUAUGCAUAUUCUCAGCAACUGUUAUGUUCUCAGCAACUAUAGUAUUAUCAGCAACUAUUAAAAAACAAACAAAAAAAACCCCAAAGCUCCACAUGAUAGUCGCAUAUAAUAUCACAAAAAAUAAAGCUUCACAUAACUGUUGCACACAGCAUAAUGGUCGAACCCCCGUUUUUAAAGGAAAGGAAUUAAAAUCGGCGACCAUGUGGUUAAAUAUGGUAUUUGACAGAGGUUUUACGUUUAAACAUGCCCAGCAUUGUUGUUGAAUAUUCUUUAAAACCAAAUGAAAUGCAAAGUCUGCAUGUAUUAAAGUGCGUUUGAGUACUUAUUCAUCGCUGUAUUGCCAGCCAUUCCUUUUUCUUUUAAAAGAAGAAAAACUACCACAACAAGAGGACAUAGUCUUAAAUUAGAGGGACAAAGGUUUAAAAAUAAUAUCAUGAAGUAUUACUUUACUGAGAGGGUAGUGGAUGCAUGGAAUAGCCUUCCAGCUGAAGUGGUAGAGGUUAACACAGUAAAGGAGUUUAAGCAUGCGUGGGAUAGGCAUAAGGCUAUCCUAACUAUAAGAUAAGGCCAGGGACAAAUGAAAGUAUUUAGAAAAUUGGGCAGACUAGAUGGGCCGAAUGGUUCUUAUCUGCCGUCACAUUCUAUGUUUCUAUGUGCUGGUUACAUCGGAGCUAAGGAGGCAGUUUUCCUAAAUACAUGUUUUGGUGUAUAUUUUAUUUACAUUAUUUAUACUUCUUCUGAGAAGAUUUGUUCUUGUCCACUCUGUAGUUACUUCGUAUAUAGAGAUCCAAUAUAUGUUGCACUAUAUAAAGUAAUCCAUGGUGCUGGUAAGUUUAAAGCAGUGAAACCGGACUGCAGAGUUCCACAGAUUUAUAGAUAUUGUGAAGACGUGUUAGUCCUCCUAGUGGUGAAUUUUUAGAUUCCUUUAUGUCCUAUUCUGAGUUAUUGGAAAUUUGUACACCUGUCCAACAUGACUAUUUUUCUGUUCCAUUUCAUAUUUGAAACCCAGGACAUACCUGAAAAUGAGAGAAAUCUCAAUGUAUCCAUCCUAAUUUAUAAAUAAAUAUAAAGGCAUGUGUAUAUAAUGAAAGUUGAUGAGAAUAAAAUAUUCACCAUUGUUUAGUAAAGUGAUUUACCCUAAAGGGGCUUUCCAGGCACCAUAACCACUAUAGCCAAUGGAGGAUCCUACACAGAUGGGAAAAUCCUCACUGUUGGAAUAUGCAGUGUGGAAAAAGAUUUGUUUAGAAAUGUCAGCCUUAAGUUUAAUAUCAGUCCUGCCAAUACACCAAACAUCUGGCAUUCUACCUCCAUUGAAUGAUUAGGCAGGGAAACUGCAUGUGUGCAUGAGAAGCUUGACAUACUCAUGGGGAUGGAUUGGUGCACUAAUAAAUGCAAGUGUCAUCAUAUCUAUGAUGGCAAAGUCUUGUGUAUUAAAAUCAAUCCUAAAGACAGAGCAGGGGGCUCUACUGACUUGAAAAUAACUGAAUAGACAUUUAAUUAUUGCGCACCCAGUGCUUACAAGGAUAAUUUUCGUUUGCUCCCAAACAGUAUUUGUUUAAAUCCCCUGUGCUAACAUUCAAUGUUUUUAACUGUAGAUCGUUCCUACAUGCGACUUACUGAAAAGGAAGACGAGACGCUACCAAUAGAUGUAAGUACGGUUAAUAAUAAAUCAGGAUGUUCUAUGACUUUGAAAAUGUUUCUGGAUUUCUUCUUUUGAAUUAAAGAAUGUUCCUUCCCUAACAUGACUCUCUACAUACUGCAUUCCAUGUCUUAGUCUGGCUGAGAAUUUGGGAGUUGUAGUUGGUGUUUCUAAGAUGACAUGUCCACUGAUAUAAAAUAAAUGAGCAUGUUUACACACUAUUACAGUUAAUCUUGGAAACCACUGUAUUACCCUUUAGUGUAAAUAAAAAUAGAAUUUUUAUUGUACUAUAUAUACACUGGCCAGAUUUAUAUUGCUGUCAAAUGUACUGAGAAUCUUAAAAAACCAAAUAUGUUCUCUGGUUGAAUUGCAGAUAGUUCUCCAAACCUUGUUGGCUUUUGUAGUAUCCUGCUAUGGCAUUGUGCAUAUUGCUGGAGAAUUUAAAGACAUGGAUGCUACGUCAGAAUUAAAGAAUAAGUAUGCCUUCAUUUAUAUCUGUCUAUCUUUCUUUCCAGUAAAUAGAUUAAUUGCUUUAAUUAUACAGUGUAUCGCAUAUCUUUGUUUUUAACUCAAAACAUAAUAGUUGUUCUUAAUGCUCUAAUAAAACAAAACAUAUGGAUGCUUCAGGUAUUCUUUCAGUUCACUCUUCUCCCAGUCCCAUCUCUGCUGACCCCCUUAUAAAACUCUUUAUACCUCUUCCACUUCCACCAUCUUUUUUGUUUUUUUCCUGCAUUAAGGACUUCUUUGUUCUUACUCCCUCCAUUUCAGUUCUCCUUCUGUCUCUCAUCUCUCUAUCCAGUUCCUUACCAACGCCCUCACCCACUUAUUGUUCCCUAUCCUCCCUCUACCAUACAAAUUAGUCCUUACUGGUCCUCUAUUUCUUCUCUCCUCCAUAUUGGUAAACCUUCCCUUCUUGCAGUUCCACAUCAUUUUUUUAUUUUUUUUUCAAAUGUUCAAGCAGAAGUAAUUAAAAAUGAGUAGUUUUAGGUAGAUUUGAAAAUGUUAAAAACCCAUAAUGCAGUCCCCACCUCUAGCCUUAUCAAGAGCAACUUCCACCCUGAGCACCCCAGUGUUUUUUUUCAGGCAGGUCAGGUCGCAGAGUUCUCUGCUUGCCCUUGGAAGAAUAGGUUAAGCUACUCAAAUUUUUAGUUUUUGAACAGACAUGGUGAGGGGAAUGUGGCUCCCUGAGGGCUCCAUCUGGCUUUUGUAAAGGAUUGCCUGACUAUGCGCUUGUCCUUUUGUCUCAGAAAAUUGAAUAGCCUAGUAAACCUCUAAUGCAUCCUAAAGAACAAUGCUGUGAAUUAACGAGCAGAGGUUAAAAUAAAUAAGGAAAUAGUAUAUCAAGGAGUGUAAUCAUGUAAUAUACAAUUAAAUCUUACUCUAUUAGCCAAAGUUGUAUAUUAAUGUAACGAAAAUAAAAAUUUUCAAAAUUGCAGCGUGCGCGUGAGAAUAGUGUUAUACAGACUGUAGCUCAGUCUGUAAUUUAAUAGGAGGUUUAGUAUAUAGUAUAAUAAAAAUAGAGAGAAGAAAAAUGUUGCCUGUGUCAAUAUGCUGGGUUGACUAAUGGCAUUGUAAAUAACAUGAUUACUAAUUUUUUUUUAUUUUUAUUUCCCACAAAGAACCUUUGACACAUUAAGAAACCAUCCAUCAUUUUAUGUAUUUAAUCACCGAGGUCGGGUCAUGUUUCAGUCUCCCGAUUCAGAGGAUUGUCACCAAAACCAAGCUACAUUUACGUCCAAUCCUUCGCUGAAGCUUCGAAAACUAGAACCGAUGAAUCGUUAA